AUGUAUCCAAAAAUUGUAACAUUUACAACCUUUAUUUCUCAUACGUCGCCACCCACCUCUUUUACUCCCAUCCCUUAUUUGCCUUCCUCUUUUUCACCCUCACAUAACACUUCUCUCACCCCCUUUCACUAUCUCUCGCUUUCAUUCCUAUCCCAUCCAUUUACCGCUCUCGUUCACUCUCAUCCCCUUUUUGCCUUUUUCUUUUUCACACUCCUCUCACAUUUCUCUCGCCCACUUUCAGUCUCUCUCGCUUUUUCUCAUCCCAUUAAUUCACUCUCCCUCUUUCAUUCUCAUACUCUCUUUGCUCUUUUCUCUUUCGCCUUCGCUUCAUCCUUCUCUUAUCUACCUUUAAUCUCUCUCCCCCCCUCUCUCUCUCUCUUUCACUCUCACCCCCCACAUUCACUCACUCAUUCUCUCUCUCUCUUUCACUCUCAUUCCUUACAUCCCACUCACACUUUAACUCUUAUCCCCUCUUUGCCUUUUUCUCUUCCACGCUUAUCACAUCCUUCUUUCAUCCACAAACUCUCUCUCUCUCUCUCUGUCUCUCUCUCUCUCUCUCUCUUUCAAUUAUGCCUUACAUCUGAUUACUCCUUUUACUUUCAUCCACUCUUUGCCUUUUUCUCUUUCGACCACACAUCAUCCUUCUCACAUCUAUCUUCACUCUCUCUCCGUCUUUCUUUUACUCUCAUCCCAUACAUUUCCCUCCCUCUUUCACUAUAA